AUGAGAAGGGGAAAGACAAAAUUAGAGCUCCUGACUGAUAAGUCAGUAAGGACUCAGACUUACAAGAAGAGGACGAGAGGCUUUAUGAAAAAAGCCAAUGAGCUGGCGACUCUCUGCGGUGUCAAAGUUUGUGCGGUUAUCCAAAGCCGUGACAGCACGGAGCCGGAUUUUUGGCCGUCAAGGGAAGGGGUUGAAGCAGUGUUCUCAGACUUUAUGAACUUGGAGGAGACGAAACGGUUCCAUAGGAUGUACGACCAAGAAAGUUACACGUGGGAGAGGAUCAUUAAAGCAGAAGAGAAACGGAUGAAGGUACGUGCUGAGAAUCGAGAGAUGGAGCUUACAGAGAUCAUGUUCAACUUUCUCAAGGGGGAGAAGAUUCCGCAGCAUCACUAUCAUGAUGCAAAUUUUAUUAGAGAAUUUCAGCAAUUGCUUGAUGAUUAUCACAAGAAACUAACUCACAGGAAGGAGAUCCUCAUGGCGAAUGGUGAGUCAGUUCCUCUUAAUGCCGAUGCUACAGAUGCAUCUGGUCCUGUUGUUGGUGAUGUGAACCAGGUUGUUGUCGGAACCGAGGGUUCGGUAAGUAACCCUACUGAAGUUUAUGAUCAUAUGCCUCAAUAUGAUGAUAUGGAUAUGAGUGUGAAUGAGCAGGCUGGAGGUUCUAAUGAUCAUGUUCAUAACCAGAAUAUGAAUCAUCACGAGCAAUUUCAAUACCAAACUCCUAGUAAUUUAAAUUUGUAUGAUCAGACUCAGCCUAGGUUUUAUGGUUCGAACCAGGGUGUGAAUAUGAAUCGUCAAGUUCCAUUUCAAUACCAAACUCCUACCUUUUAUGAUCAGACUCAGCCUAGGUUUUAUGGUUCGAACCAGGGUGUGAAUAUGAAUCGUCAAGUUCCAUUUCCACACCAAACUCCUACCUUUUAUGAUCAGACUCAGCCUAGAUUUUAUGGUUCGAACCAGGGUGUGAAUAUGAAUCGUCAAGUUCCAUUUCAAUACCAAACUCCUACCUUUUAUGAUCAGAAUCAGCCUAGGUUCUAUGGUUCGAGCCAGGAUGUGAAUACAGGUUUGACUCAUGAUCAGGGUAUGAAUCAGCCUACGUUCUAUGGUUCGAGCCAGGAUAUGAAUACAUGUUUGAGUGAUGAUCAGGGUAUGAAUCAGCCUAGGUUCUAUGGUUCGAGCCAGGAGAUGAAUACAUGUUUGAGUGAUGAUCAGGGUAUGAAUCAGCCUAGGUUCUAUGGUUCGAGCCAGGAUAUGAAUACAUGUUUGAGUGAUGAUCAGGGUAUGAAUCAGCCUAGGUUCUAUGGUUCGAGCCAGGAUAUGAAUACAUGUUUGAGUGAUGAUCAUGGUAUGAAUCAGCCUAGGUUCUAUGGUUCGAGCCAGGAUAUGAAUACAGGUUUGACUCAUGGCCAGGGUAUGAAUCAGCCUAGAUUCUAUGGUUCGAGCCAGGAUAUGACUACAUGUUUGAGUCAUGAUCAGGGUAUGAAUCAGUAUCCAAAUCCAAACCAAUCGUUUACGAGUCUGUUGAUGGGACAACUUCAGCAAAUGAGUGGUGUUCAAUAUCUUCCAAGCGUUGCUUCCAUGGAUGACAACAACAACAGCUACCACCAGCUACCAAUCACCAGUCAGAUACCUUCCACCACUACUACCACCACCAGCACCAACGCUGCCCCCGAUCUUUCUGGUCAUAGCAUCAACAAUAAGCGUUGGCCAACAAGGCUUGGUUUGGACUGA